GGCGGGCGGUGGGAGAUCGCGGGCCGCCCGAGCGGAGCCACUCGCGGGGUGAGGGACGUCAGCGCUCGGCCGCGUGAGCACAGCCUGGGAGAUGGCAGUGAUGGAAACAGCCUGCCCGGGCGCCCCUGGCUCCACAGUCGGCCAGCAGAAGGAGCUCGCCCAAGCCAAGGAGAAGACGCAGUCACUGGGGAAGAAGCAGAGCUCCCUCCUUCAUCUUGAGGCCGUGGAGAAGAACCCUGUGUUCUGCGGAAAGUGGGAGGCCCUGAAUGAUGUGAUUACCAAAGGCACAGCCAAAGAAGGCUCUGGGGGCGGGCUGGCCGCCAUCUCCAUCAUCGCCCAGGCUGAAUGUGAGAACAGCCAAGAGUUCAGCCCCACCUUUUCUGAACGUAUUUUCAUCGCAGGAUCAAAACAGUACAGCCAGUCUGAGGGCCUUGAUCAAAUCCCCAAUAAUGUGGCCCAUGCAACAGAAGGCAGAACAGCCCGUGUGUGCUGGAAGGGAAAGCGUCGCAGCAAAGCCCGGAAGAAACGAAAGAAGAAGAAGAGCUCCAAUUCUCCGGCGCAGGCAGGGCUGGCCUUGGCCAAAGCGCGCCCCCGAACCCCCGAGCAGGAGAGCUGCACAGUCCCGGUGCAGGAGGAUGAGUCUCCAUUAGGCACCCCAUAUAUUAAAAACAACCCCCAGUUCACCAAGCCUCUGAAGGAACCAGACCUUGGCCAGCUCUGUUUUAAGAAAUUUGGUGAGGGCCUACGGCCGGCACUGCCUCGAUCGGAACUCCACAAACUGAUCAGCCCCUUGCAAUGUCUGAACCACGUGUGGAAGCUCCACCACCCCCAGGACGUGGGCCCCCUGCCCCAGCCACCUCACCCUUUCCCAUACAACAGACUGCCCCACCCCUUCCCAUUCUACCCUCUCCAGCCACGGAAACCUCAGCCCCUGGAGUCCUUCGUCCUGGGCAAGUUGGCCUGUGUAGACAGCCAGCAGUCCCUGCCUGGCCCACCGCUGGAGCCCAGCUACCUGGCCCCUGGUACCCGGGAGAAGUUCUCGGUGGAGGAAUACCUGGUCCAUGCCCUUCAGGGCAGCGUGAGCUCAGGCCAAGCCCACAGCCUAACCAGCCUGGCAAAGACUUGGUCGGCAGUGGGCUCCCGGCCCCGGAAGCCCAGCCCCGAAACUGAGGACUGCGAGGGGGUCCUGCUGACUGAGAAACUUAAGCCACUGGACUACGAGUACCGGGAAGAAGUGCACUGGGCUACACAUCAGCCCCGCCUAGGCAGGGGCUCCUUCGGAGAGGUCCACAGGAUGGAGGACAAGCAAACCGGCUUCCAGUGUGCCGUCAAAAAGGUGCGGGUCGAGGUGUUCCGAGCAGAGGAAUUGAUGGCUUGUGCGGGGUUGGCCUCUCCCAGAAUUGUCCCCCUGUAUGGAGCUGUGAGAGAAGGCCCCUGGGUCAAUAUCUUCAUGGAACUUCUGGAAGGUGGCUCACUGGGCCAGCUCAUCAAGCAGAAGGGCUGUCUGCCGGAGGACCGGGCGCUUUACUACCUGGGCCAGGCCCUGGAGGGGCUGGAAUACCUGCAUACACGAAGGAUUCUACAUGGAGAUGUGAAAGCGGACAAUGUGCUCCUGUCCAGCGAUGGGAACCGCGCAGCCCUCUGCGACUUUGGCCAUGCUGUGUGUCUUCACCCCGAUGGUCUGGGGAAGUCUCUGCUCACAGGGGACUACAUCCCCGGCACGGAGACACACAUGGCCCCAGAGGUGGUGAUGGGCCGGCGCUGCGAUGACAAGGUGGACGUGUGGAGUAGCUGCUGCAUGAUGCUGCACAUGCUCAACGGGUGCCACCCGUGGACCCAGUACUUCCACGGGCCGCUCUGCCUCAAGAUUGCCAGUGAGCCUCCACCAGUGAGGGAGAUCCCACCCUCUUGUGCCCCCCUCACAGCCCAGGCCAUCCAAGAGGGGCUGCAGAAAGAGCCCAUCCACCGAGCAUCGGCUGCAAAGCUUGGGGGACAGGUCAGCCGGGCACUGCAGCAAGUGGGUGGUCUGCGGAGCCCCUGGAGAGGCGACUAUAGAGAACCAAGGCCGCCCCCGCCAAACCUAGCCAGCUGUCAGCAAGCCCUGCACGCCCAGCUGGGGGAGCCCGUGUCAGGGGACACCACAGCUGGGGCCCCCAACCUUCAGACUCCACUACCACCAGAGCCACCGGAGCCCCCAGAGCCAAACAAGUCUCCUACCCUGAACUUGAGCAAGGAGGAGUCUGGCACCUGGGAACCCUUGCCUCUGUCCUCCUUGGACCCAAGCCCCGGCAGAAACCCCAGCUCACCCGAGCGGAAGGCCACCUUCCCUGAGCAGGAGCUGCAGCAGCUGGAAAUAGAGUUGUUCCUGAACAGCAUGUCCCAGCCGUUCUCCCUGGAGGAGCAGGAGCAGAUUCUCUCAUGCCUCAGUGUUGACAGCCUCUCCCUGUCAGAUGACAGCGAGAAGAACCCAUCGAAGGCCUCUCAGAGUUCACGAGACACCCUGAGCUCUGGUGUACACUCAUGGGGCAGCCAAGCCGAGGCGCGGAGCUCCAGCUGGAACAUGGUGCUGGCCCGGGGUCGGCCCACUGACACCCCAAGCUACUUCAACGGUGUAAAAGUCCAAAUACAGUCUCUUAAUGGUGAACACCUGCACAUUCGAGAGUUCCACCGGGUCAAGGUGGGGGACAUCGCCACAGGCAUCAGCAGCCAGAUCCCUGCUGCAGCCUUCAGCCUGGUGACCAAGGACGGGCAACCCGUCGGCUACGACAUGGAGGUGCCAGACUCGGGCAUCGACCUGCAGUGCACGCUGGCCCCUGAUGGUAGCUUCGCCUGGAGCUGGAGGGUCAAGCAUGGGCAGCUGGAGAACAGGCCCUAACCUUGCCUUUACCUCGGGCUCCAUUUUGCCCCAGCGGCCUUCCUUCUCAGUGCUGUGCAGAGACAGAGGCUCAGAGGCCUCCAGGGAUCUGCCAACCCCUGGCUCAGUGGUGUGACAGGCCAGCAGCAGCCAGGGGCGGUGCAAGGGGGAGGUUCACCAAUGCCUCCCAGGACUGUCCACCUGAGUCCUGCCCAAGAGAUCACUCUGCACCCAGGAGGAGAACAGAGGACUUCGUGUGGGAUCUUCUCUGCCUUGCUCCUGCCGAAGGAGUCAGGGCUGUUGUGGUCAGUGACCACUAUAGUAGUCAUGGGGUAGCACACCUGCCUGGAGCAGGAGGGGUGAGCAAGCCCCAAGCUCCCUGGCCUCCAGAAGUGAGAGAAUAGCAACAUCUAAGGCCCACACUGGAGUGUGCGGAAUCAGAGCAGUGGCUGUGCUUCCCUUGGUUCAUGAGAGACCUCUCACCCCCUACCUGACCACUUGCCCUUCCCCUCCCCCUGGUCUUUUGAGUCGAGGAGGAAAGCACCCAGUAUGCCACCAGUCAGGGCACUGCAGCGCUCGGCCUGAGUGGGACUCUGGUCCAAGCAAGGGCCACAGAGGGUGACGGAGUGAAGUGCUUCUCGGCCCCAAGCGCAUGCCCCUUCACUGGGCUGUGCUCCUGCCUGGAGCAGCUGGCCUAACCCUCACCCCCAGGCGGCUAACACUCACCUGUGGAAGAGAAAGGGGACAGAGGCCAAGCUGUCAGGGACAGCCUGCAGGUGGGGUACACCAGAUGCGAAAGAGAGCAGCAGACACCAAUGCUAACACCCCCUAGGCCAUGUACUCAGCCUCUAGCUCACCAGCUCCCUGGACACACUCGCGCUGGCCCUGGCCAGCGUGCCACCAGCUCCACUUUGCACUCUAAUGACCCCAAAGCACUUUCUUGGCCACCCUCCACAAGGCAAGCCAGGGGCCCUGUGUGGACACAGGCAGGCAAGGGGAUGGGUCAGAGGGCCUCAGGCUUGCCUGGUGCAUGGGACUCCCAUGAGCACCCUUCUCCAUCACCCAGCCACACCUGUCUAGGGGCGCCACUCAGGACUCAUGUAGCAUUAAAUCAACUGUGAAUUGCUGGGGGCAGGCACCUGCGGCAUGCCUUGGCAACCUCUGUCCAGCCAGCUCCGAGGCAGAGGCCGAGCCCCAGCCCCCAGCUCAGGAGGAGCUGCAGCCCCUUGGUACUGUGGAGUCUGCGGUGGAGAAAAUCUUUGUGAGCAAUAAAGUGUGAGGUGAUGAUG